AUGGAUCAAAGAAUCUGUAUCAAAUUUUGUGUGAAAAACAAAAUUAAGUGCGCGGACGCAUUCCGAAUGUUGACUAAGGCAUAUGGUGAAGCUACCUUGGACCGAAGCAACGUUUAUCGGUGGUACAAAAUGUUCUCAGAGGGCCGAGAAGAUGUGAACGACGAAGAACGUGCCGGACGCCCGAGCACGUCAACAACAGACGAAAACAUUGAUGAAGUGAAGAAAAUAGUAUUGGCCAAUCGUCGAAUCACCGUUAGAGAAGUUGCUGAGGACCUAAACAUAUCGAUUGGCUCGUGCCAUUCGAUUUUUACCAAUGAUUUGGGCAUGAGACGGUCGUUUAGAUCAAAAUGUCUCAGAGAGGAGGAGGAGGACGAGGACGAGCAAGUCAUGGGCGAGCAACACAAAAACAGCAAAGUUCUGUGCACCAGCAGGAACAACAGCUUCCACAUGCUCAGGCUUCAACGAGCACUGGGGCUGUUCGCAGACCAGGACCUGCUGCACAAUCGAGGGAUGGAUCCAUUGGACAGGACCUUUGAUGCAGGAUAUCAGUUAGCGAUUGGACAACAAUCGCAGCUGGAUCUGAAGGAUAGAUCCAGUCCAAUUAAGACGCUAGCAUGA